CGAGCGGCCGCGCUCUCUCUCAGUCAUCGACCGGCUGCUCGCGUGUACCGCGGGCGAGCGUUCGUCUGUAACACGCGCAGCAUGGCCGAGCUCGAGUGGACGCGGGACCUGUCCGUGCGGCUGAUCCAGGAGUACGAGAAGCGGCCGGAGCUGUGGCAGCCGACGCACGACCUGUACCGCGUGCAGACGCUCAAGUACGAGUCGUGGCGCGAGCUGGCCGGCAUGUUCGAGUGCGACGUGGCCGACCUGCGCAAGAAGCUGACGUCACUGUUCGCGUCGCACCGCCGCGAGAAGCAGAAGGUGCGCCGCGGGCGCCGCUCCACCUGGUUCCUGUACCCGCACAUGAGCUUCCUGCCCUCGCACCUCCAUCAGCCCACCAUCACUAGAGAAGCGGCGGACACGCGUGCGCGAGCGCCGAAGAGGAAAGCGCGAGUGGAGCGGGUGUCCAGCACUGAGAGCUCUGAGGACUCCGAUGAUCAGGGCGGAGCUUCACCGGUGCCCUCGGCAGUGUAUAUCAAGCAGGAGCGGGAGCCAGACCCGCCCCGAUUGGCGCGGCGGCCGGGGCGGGUGGACACCCACAAGCGGCGGUGGACGCGGCCCAUGAAGCGGCGCGUGGUGCGCGAGGCGGCGCCGGCGCCCGACAGCAGGGUGGGCGAGGCGCUGAAGCUGCUGCGGCGCACCAGGAAGAAGGACGAGUGCGACAGCUUCGGGGAGUACAUCGCCGACUCGCUGAGGAAGCACGACGAGCGCACGCAGAGCAUGAUCAAGCAGGCCAUCAACAACAUCCUGUUCGAGCAGGAGAUGAAGAAGUACAACGCCGCCAGCGGACAGUACACCGUGCUCAUCGCCGGCAUCGACGAGACCCCGCUCGUCGCCGGCGCCGACGCCACUGACAGGUGAGACCACUGCACGCGGUGGAGAAGUGGUAGAGUGUGUUACCCCCUUAUCCGCAGUUACCGCGACUCAGGCUGCAAUGUAUCUUUAACUUUCUAUCGAUAUUUUAUACUUGUCUGAUUUUUUGCUGGAUAAGUUGGAACUUUUCAACUAACUCCGCUAGUUGACAUCACAAUGAUGACACCAUAAUAUUACCAUCCAAACAUCUACUCCAUGCUGAGUAAAUAUGUCGCUCUGCAACUUUAUACAAUGUUCAAUGUCGUCAUUAUGUUUAAAUAUUGUUCUUUAAAUGAUGAUGACCUAUUUUAAUUGCUAGUCUACUCGUGUUUUGGGUGUGUCGAAUUUCAGCAAAAACGCGCUGAUGACAUCGCAGGCGCAUCGUUGUGUGACUCCAGUUGCCAUGCGCGCAAAGGGGUGAAUUCUGUGAACUGUUGAUGCUUUGCUCCAGUAUUCAUUACAAAACUGAAAUGCACGGCAGUAUCGUGAACGAGUAUGAAGCAAGCAAUCUACGGUGUAUUGAAGUGUGUUCUUUGUUAGGUGUGUUAGCAGGAUGUGUACUGCAAUUACCCAGCAUUAUCCCCUCCGUGCGCGGGCGCGGCCAUUGUGUGUGCUGCUGUGUCGAGGGUGACGCGUGGUCUCUAUACAAUCACACGGCUCAGUUACACUUUCUAUAAAUGUUUAUAAGUUUUUGCUCCAGAACAGUUUUAGCGCGAACUAGAUUGCAGUUUUUGUCGAUUAUGUUAGUUGGUAACUGUACUGCACUGUUGCCAAAAUAGUUCAGGGUUCAAUCCCAGCUGCAGUUAGUCUUGUCGAUGAGCACGGUGUCACCGAAUGUCGGUGUACACUCAAACCACUCGAUGUAUAUAAUUUGUGGCAGGUGUAGUGAACAUCGCUCGUCGCAUCAUUGGAGAGGCCAAAAAUUUAAAAAUAUAGUCCUUAAGGUAAUUUAUAAAUUCUUGUUGAAAUUCUGCAAACCAGUCAUUUUAUUACAACCGAAUAUCAAACCCAAGAAGAUCGAUCUAAAGCCGAGUGCACUUGCUACUGAGCCUGCCACUAUUUAGGAAAUGCACACCCUCGAGGCAGGUAUAUGUACCUGUCUAUCUGAUUCACCGGCGCGGGCGCAGGUGUCGCCCUACUUACCUGCCGCGUCUUAUUCGCAUUGUUCCGCGGAUUCGAACCGCGAUCCGGUUCGUAACGGUCGCUCCCGCUACACUCAGGACAAUCGUCUUUGUACAAUAAAAGGAAUUAAUCGGUGUGCUUCCAGAAUGGUUUAUUAUUCUUAUUAUUAAUAUAAAUAACCUUCAGAUUAUAUGGGUAUUUUGUGGAAGGUACCUUUUUGGGGGUGGGUGUCUGUUAUUGUAUGGGAUACUUACUAAGAUACUUAUAUAUUUGUGUUUGUUGUAUACAGUCUUAGAUUUUUUGUUAUUAUGCGUAAUGGCGAAAAGUCUUUGUUGCAAAUUAAGUUACUCAAUUAAUUAAGAUUAAGAAGACACAGAAAUAGAGACAGUAAAUUUGUAUAAGACAAUAAAUAAAUACA